GGGGCGCGGAGCGCGGCCGGUGGUUUCUGCGGCCGGUCGGCGUCCGCUCGCUCGGCUCUUCGCCCUCCGCCCCGACGAGGCGUCUGUGGCCGAGCUUCCGCAGUCAUGCUGCGGUCGGCGCGGCUCGCGCGGCUCCUCUGAGUCCGGGAACGGCGGCGAGCGCGGCGGGCUCGGGUCGCCAUGCCUACCCGAGUGUGUUGCUGCUGCUCUGCUCUGCGUCCUCGAUACAAACGCCUGGUGGACAACAUAUUCCCUGAAGAUCCAAAAGAUGGUCUUGUUAAAGCUGAUAUGGAGAAACUGACAUUUUAUGCAGUGUCUGCACCAGAGAAGCUCGAUCGAAUAGGUGCCUAUCUGGCAGAAAGGCUGAGCAGGGAUGUUGUCAGACAUCGUUCUGGGUAUGUUCUAAUUGCUAUGGAGGCGUUGGACCAGCUUCUUAUGGCCUGCCAUUCUCAAAGCAUCAAGCCAUUUGUAGAAAGCUUCCUUCAUAUGGUAGCAAAGCUCCUGGAAUCAGGGGAACCAAAGCUUCAAGUUCUUGGAACAAAUUCUUUUGUCAAAUUUGCAAAUAUUGAAGAAGAUACACCAUCCUAUCAUAGACGUUAUGACUUCUUUGUAUCUCGAUUCAGUGCCAUGUGUCAUUCCUGCCAUAGUGAUCCAGAAAUACGAACUGAGAUCCGUAUAGCUGGAAUAAGAGGUAUUCAAGGUGUGGUUCGCAAAACAGUUAACGACGAACUUCGGGCUACCAUUUGGGAACCACAGCAUAUGGAUAAGAUUGUUCCCUCACUUCUGUUUAACAUGCAGAAGAUAGAAGAAGUUGACAGUCGCAUAGGCCCGCCUUCCUCCCCCUCUGCAGCUGACAAAGAAGAGAACCCUGCAGUGCUGGCUGAGAGCUGUUUCCGAGAACUGCUGGGCCGAGCAACUUUCGGGAAUAUGAACAACGCUGUUAGGCCAGUUUUUGCGCAUUUAGAUCAUCACAAGCUAUGGGAUCCUAAUGAAUUUGCAGUUCAUUGCUUUAAGAUUAUAAUGUAUUCUAUUCAGGCUCAGUAUUCUCACCAUGUUAUCCAGGAAAUUCUUGGACACCUUGAUGCUCGUAAGAAGGAUUCUCCACGGGUUCGAGCAGGUAUCAUUCAAGUUCUGUUAGAGGCUGUUGCUAUUGCUGCUAAAGGUUCUAUAGGGCCAACAGUGCUGGAAGUCUUCAACACCCUGUUGAAACACCUGCGGCUCAGUGUGGAAUUGGAAGCCAGUGACUCCCAGCGGGGGUCUGUGGGCAGCAUCACCUUGAGUUCCAAGGACAACGAUGAGAAGAUUGUGCAGAAUGCUAUCAUCCAGACAAUAGGAUUUUUUGGAAGUAAUUUACCAGACUAUCAGAGGUCAGAGAUCAUGAUGUUCAUCAUGGGAAAAGUACCUGUUUUUGGAACAUCCACUCAUACUUUGGAUAUCAGUCAACUAGGGGAUUUGGGAACCAGGAGGAUUCAGAUAAUGUUGCUGAGGUCUUUGCUUAUGGUGACUUCUGGAUACAAAGCCAAGACGAUUGUUACUGCACUGCCCGGGUCAUUUCUGGACCCUCUGUUAUCCCCAUCCCUCAUGGAAGAUUAUGAGCUGCGGCAGUUAGUCUUGGAAGUAAUGCACAACCUCAUGGAUCGCCAUGACAAUAGGGCAAAGCUCCGCGGCAUCAGAAUAAUACCAGAUGUGGCUGACUUGAAGAUAAAAAGAGAAAAAAUUUGUAGACAGGAUACAAGCUUCAUGAAAAAGAAUGGACAACAGCUAUAUAGACACAUAUAUCUGGGCUGCAAAGAGGAAGACAAUGUUCAGAAAAACUAUGAGCUCCUUUAUACAUCUCUGGCUCUUAUAACUAUUGAACUAGCCAAUGAAGAGGUGGUUAUUGACCUCAUUCGACUGGCCAUUGCUUUACAGGACAGCGCAAUUAUCAAUGAAGAUAACCUGUCAAUGUUUCAUCGUUGUGGAAUGAUGGCACUGGUUGCAGCAUAUCUCAACUUUGUGAGUCAGAUGAUAGCCGUUCCAGCAUUCUGUCAGCAUGUUAGCAAGGUGAUUGAAACUCGAACUAUGGAAGCCCCUUAUUUUCUACCAGAGCAUAUUUUCAGAGAUAAGUGCAUGCUUCCAAAAUCUUUAGAGAAGCAUGACAAAAGUUUAUAUUUUCUGACCAACAAGAUUGCAGAGUCUCUGGGGGGAAGCGGAUACAGUGUGGAGAGGCUCUCAGUUCCUUAUGUGCCACAGGUGACAGAUGAAGAUCGUCUUUCUAGGAGAAAAAGUAUUGUGGAUACUGUAUCUAUUCAGGUGGACAUUUUACCCAACAUUGUGCCUUCUGAUGAUGUGGUUAGCAACACUGAAGAAAUAACCUUUGAAGCACUGAAGAAAGCAAUUGAUACCAAUGGAAUGGAAGAACAGGAAAAGGAAAAGAGACGUCUUGUGAUAGAGAAGUUCCAGAAAGCACCUUUUGAAGAAAUAGCAGCACAAUGUGAAUCCAAAGCAAAUUUGCUUCAUGAUAGACUUGCUCAAAUAUUGGAGCUCACCAUACGCCCUCCUCCCAGUCCAUCUGGAACACUGACCAUUACUUCUGGGCAUGCCCAAUACCAGUCUGUCCCAGUCUAUGAGAUGAAGUUUCCAGAUCUGUGUGUGUAUUGACUGGCUCAUGAAGACUACAGCAUUUAAAAGAAUGUUAAAGCCUGAAAAACAAGGCCAAGAUGAGUUUUCAGGAUUUGCAUAAUGCUUACUGACAAGUCCUGAAAUGGAAUGGGAUUUAUCUCUAACCAAACACUCGUCAUGCUGUGUUAGAAGUUUAGGAACUCUGAAUUAGAGUACUUCUAAAGGUAGACUUAUGCCAUGUUAAUUUGUUUUGAGGUUCCUGUUAGCUUUUAAGAUGUAUUGCUUUCACAUUAUGCCGUUGUUAAAUAGUAUAUUUUAAACUUUGCACAAACAUGAUUUUUAAAAAACAAUUGAAAAUGUAUGAAGUGUCUGCUGAUUUCUUAAGCAUCUCUACAACUGCUUAGAAGUUGAUUGCUUUUGUUUUCUUCAAAAGUAAAUAUAUUCCUAAUCCUAGGGUUGCAAGUUCUUUCAUG